AGGCUUGUUUUAACAUUCAUUUGAAGUACUCUGCCUCCCUCUAGCGGACAACGUAGAGAACUACGAAAUGAGAAUUGAUGUUCAUUUUGCGUGAUCCGCGGAAGUUAAUGGUUUGACUACUUCCUUGACAACCGAGCGAGUCCCUGGCAACCGCUGCAGCAACUAGCUAGAAAAAUGGCGAAAAUUAACGUCGGCAAAAAAUCCCUUUGGCAACAAGCCUGCGAAGAGUAUGAAGCUGAGCAGCGCAGUGCUUUGCGUGAUGACAGCAGCUCGAUGUGCACCCAGUUCUCCCAGCGCAGCGCCAGCACACCGUCCACCGUGUUCAAUGGACUCCCCACAGCCACGGUUUUGCAUGAUGACGCUGUGAGAGACUUUGAUCCUCUCCUCUGCUCCUCUGCGUCGCCUCUACAACCACAUGAACGUCCUGUUCCACGCUUUUUAGAGAGGAGGGUGUUUCCGGUGUUGUUGCCUGGACUUGAGGCUUUGCUGAAAGAAGCCCAGAAAAGGGGCUGUUUCGAGAGGGUAAAAACAGCCUUUAACCCAUGUGACUUCAUGACAGAAUGGCUCUACAACCACAACCCCCGCCGACAAGAGCAGGUCCCACUGAACUUCCAUGACAUCCCUUUUGUCAGAGACUAUCUCAGCAUGCACCCCAGGCCUCCCCUCCCUCUGUAUCUGCUGCUGAAUGAGGAUCAAGCUGCUCUACUCAUCCAGGCUUUCUGGAGGGGAUACAAGAUCAGGGCACGGCCAGAUGUGCAGGAACUGCGCCAAUGGCAGAAAGAGCUGAGAGAGAACAGCGACAUCGGUAAAACUGUUGAGAAGUUCUGGGCGCAACAAGAGAGCCGAGUGAGCUCUGCCAUGACAGCUCGUCCAGGAAGCCCCCAUCCGCCCGGCGACUUAGAUGUGUCCAUCCAGGUGGUUUCCCCCACCCCGCUGAGCACCGUGGUUCACACCCCGACCCCUGAGAUGACCCCCGACGGCGUUGACAGGCUGAACCUCCUGCCUCUGCUGCGCGGAGAAAACGGCCUCAACUUGGAACUCAGACCCUGAGAUGAAUCAUUAGCUUGUUUCCAUUGCCCAACCUUUUUUGUUUAUGUAGGCUAUUACACUCUGUGAGGGUGAUGGGGAAACUGACCAAACGAUCAGUCAAUCCAUUAAAAUCGCCUGUAGGGAUUUAUGUGCUAUGAUUCGUGUCUAAUUAGUUGAUUGCUUUCAUUGCUUUUUUGAUGGAUCCCUUCACCCGACAAAUGAACACCAUAUAAAUACAGUUCAUGAAUCAUUACUUGUCGGGCUGAAGCUUCCAGUAACAGACUUAAUACUUCCAUGCAGCAACUCUAGCUGAUAUUUAAAUGUUAUUACCAUAAUUUGUCAAUUCCAAAAAGAGACGACAAAAGAAGUCAGAGCGUUUUCAUUCAAGUCAGGAAUUGAGGCUAAAGUGAAAUUCGAGUCCCAGUGCAGAGCAGAACUUUCUAUCUUGUUUCUCAGGGAAAUAAAUGAUCCUGUCAAAUAAACGGGGAAUAAAAAGAAAACAUCACUGUUGCAAAGCAGCAAGAAGUUACUUCAGACAUUCUCCUACGAACUUUCUGUUUUAGAAGUACAUCGAGCACAUGACAUAAAAUACCAACAUCACAAUGAAAAGAAACAUUUUCACUAGCUUGCAAAUUUGACAAAUAUGUAAAUAUGAUGUUGGUCUGUCGGUUACUUUGUAUUUUUUUUGUAUAUCCCUGUUUCUAUUCUGCCCCUGAUGGCAUCGACUUCAACUUGACCAACAUUGUCCUCUUGAGCAUUUGUUUUCUUUGUGCCCUAAUCCUAAAUGGGACAAAACAGUCAUGGAGGGGUUAAAACCAUUUUAUUAGCAGAAAUGUUCAGGACAAAAGGACAACAUGCGGCUCAACUAAAGUUCUUUAAUCUCCGUCAUGCCAACUCCAAAAAACUGUUCAGGUCGUCAUGUAUUCUACUGACCGUGUGUCACUUAAACAGAGUGAAUGGAGUGCAUCCCUGGCUCGUUUCCAUCACGUACCUGAGUGGGUCCUUCAGUGUUUCUGCAGAGCAAUGAGGCGGCAUUCUCGUGAUGGACUGUUUCCUGACUGUCCCGGUCCCUGAUGCACACCGCCUGGCCGGUGAGGCACGAGGGGGCACGUGUAUCGCUCUUUUUGCAGGUCUGUGCAUGAGACAGCUGCCACUGGGUGAGGUGAUAAAACAGCCCAUUUCAUUCUGGGGAUAUCUGAUAUAGUGCAGCCAGGUCCACGGAGUCUGGCAGCACUGGACCCGACUGAAACCAAAUCGCACAGCAGCAGGCUGAGAGAGCAAAGCCGCCCAACCAACUGGUGUUGGGCCGCAGUGUAGAAUAUAACUUACUCGUGCAGUGUAAUCCUGUGUAAAUUGGAAAUACACUGAUUAUGAGAUUUACCAUAUUCUUGUUUAUAUAUAUAUAUACAGGAGCGAGUACGCAAUACGACUUCGGCUUGUCGGCAGCAUGGUGACCGGAUUUUAUCCAUAAUAACGGGGCUUUAACUCUUCUUCAUGCCAUCAGUGUGGUUUGUGUCUGUAGGAUUCCGUAAUAGACAGCUGACAUUUGUACAUUAACAGACUGUAUUGGACAUGAACUAAGCGGAAGUUAAACGAGAGCGUAC